AUGAAAAUACAUUGCACAUAUCAAAAGCCGAGUUCACUUAUUGCGACAUUCACCAUUCUUGCCAUCAUCAUGCUUUUUAUGAGGGAUGGGCGGAUCUCAUCAGAAGCUGCAGAAAAAGUCAAAAACCAGUUUGAAAAUCGGUUCGAAUUUAUGUCAAGAAGAGACGUCAUAUGGACCGCGAAAGGACCAGUCACGUAUGAAGAAGUGGACAACAACGUCUUUCGCCCCAACAACCUGAAAAUUGUUGAAUACACCUAUCCGAUUCCAAGAUUAGAUUUUAUUCAAAAACCUUCCUGCGCUAAGACCUUUGAAGACUGGCUAGCCAUCGCCAGUAAGGAGGUUCCCGAAAUUCCACCAAGGGAGAUUGAGGAAGAAUACAAAAACGCAUUCUUGUUAAACGGCUAUACAGAACUUCAUCCGGGCAACUACUUCAAUGCCAAAAAAAGAAUGGGAGGUGUGGUCUGGGGCAACAUUUCCACACUCAUGGCAGCUUCAGAUCCAGUUGUUGCUUAUGAAAAAGAAGGCCUGGCGGUCCAUCAUGCACUGAGAAAAUAUCCUGUGAAAAAUAUGACGGGUUUUGUAAUAGGAUCACAAUGGGCCUGGGUAGAGGUGCUGGCACUUCGCAGUGGUGCUGCAGAGGUACUCACUGUGGAGUACAGAGAAACAAAAAUUGUUGGGACGGAAAGAAUAAAAUAUGUCCACCCUAUCAAAUUUGCAGAGCAAUGGAGCGAAGGUAUGGGAAAGUUUGAUUUCGCAAUUUCAUUUUCUUCUAUCGAACAUAGUGGCUUAGGAAGAUACGGCGAUCCCAUCGAUCCAGUUGGCGACUUGAGGGAGGCCCAAAAAGUACUCUGUUUGCUGAAGGAAGGAGGUUGCAGAUUUGCUUGUCCAAAAAAUGAUAGCGCGCAGGUUAAAAACCAUUAUGGUUGA